AUGUUCGCUCCUCUAAGAAUCUACGCUCGCGCUUGGUACGAAGCUCACAUCGUCUGUAAAUCUGAACAGGUUUUGGCUCUUGUCUUCUUCGGUUGCAACUAUGCCGCCAACGCUACGGGGCUGGGUCGUCCUAUAGACACCUUAAGCUCUCGUCAAGGCACAAUAGAGAGGUUGAAUGUUUUGACCCUUGUUAGCAACCUGUCCUGGAUUACAGCGCUGAGUCUAUCGAAAUCGGCCAUUGUCCUGAUGCUGCUGCGUACAACACCAACAGCCUCUCACAAAAGACUCCAAUAUUUAGUUGGAGCUCUGGUAUUGAUGCAAUGCGUUCUUUCUAUCACCUUGAUGACCGCUGGAUGCAGCGUCUUCGAAGGCUUUGCUUGGAGUUUCCGAUCGAAUGUCAAUACAUGCUCACGUCAAAGCCUCAGAUGGCAAGUCAUCACGGGCUUGGAUAUUGCAACUGAACUUGCGGUGUUGGCUCUUCCUCUUCAGCUGGUUUGGAAUCUACAGAUGUCCAUCAAGAACAAGUUCGUCGUCAUUGUAGCUUUUUGGCUUCGGAUCCCGACACUCGUCUUCACCAUUCUUCGCGACAACGCAACAAACAAUCUCAGCUAUACUUCUGAUGUUUCGCUCACGGCAGCUAUGGUAGUCGUUUGGCAAACUAUAGAGCUGUCAUACUCCAUUGCAGCAGCCACUGUUGCAGCUCUCAAGCGGUUCACCGAGAGUCUCAACACAGGAUUUGGGCAUGGCGAGCUCAUUCGCGUGCGAAAAUAUUCAGAAGGCUACAAGAUGUCAGAUCGUAGUGCAUCACUCAAGGGCUCGGGGGUCUCCAAGCCAUCCAUCAAGGCAGAACAGAUACCAAACCAUGCCAACGAACAUAAUUUCCAAGGUGUUCCAUUGGAAAGCAAAGAACUACAGCGGUUGAAACUGAGACCCGAAGGUUUGCACAACAAAGUAACGAUCUCCACUUUGCCAAGGCACUCGGACUCUGGAAAAAGGCCAAACGACAGUAAGGCCUUGGGAGAUAACAUCAUCAGACAUGAUGUGCAAUACUCAGUUCACUACGACGAAGACCCUUUGAUGCCUGAACAACAUUGUCGACAGUGA